AUGGAAAAAUCCACGACAAAUGCAAUAUCCAACAUAUUGUCGACUAUAACGAUAUCACCCUCGGGUCUUUCCCUGCACCAUCAUCUCCUACACAAAAAGAAGUCCUUCUCACCUCGUACAAAAUCCAUCGAGUCCAUCGGAAAGAGGCGAUUGUCAGAUGAAAGUUUGAGACUCAAUGCUGUUCGUUCGAAACGGAACCAUUUGCGGAAUCCAGGCUGUGGCUCCAGUUCGAGUAGCCAGCAGACGUUUAACCCGUAUGACACUUCCCAGCUGCUUGAAAGGAUGUCAACCUUCGAGAUAUUAAGAUGGACUAUAGACGAUCAGAGACUAACGCCUUUGGAGUGUUCGCGAUUUGGGUGGCACUGUGCUCGGAAAAAUGAGUUAGAGUGUUCCACAUGUCAUGCAGUCAUGAUGGUUAAGCUUGAUGUAUUGUCUUCCACAAGCGCGUUAUUCUUUGAGGAUGAGGAUCCGGAAGAUGAUGUCGAUCAGGAAGAGGAGUCGCGUCAGUUGCAGUUUAGAUUAGUGGAUAAUUACUUGCAGAGACUACAUUCGGACCAUUUCGUGCAUUGUCCCUGGAAGAACAAAGGCGUUCCUUUGUCUUAUUAUCUAUUUGAUUACACGGACACGAGUACGCAACUUGCGAACUUGGAAAACACUCUUUUGGAGCUACAAGACAAUGUCGACCUCCUGAGCACCAGGAGUUUCAAAUUGGCUCUCGACGACAGCGUUAUCAACGACUUACAAGCAUGGACUAAUGGCAAAAUCGGUAAGCUGGCAGCUACCGUUGGACUUCUCGGGUGGGAACUGAAAAUUCAGACUUUCGGUACAAAAAAGCUGAGCUUGCUGAAAUGUCCGAGAUGCUUACGGCGAAUCCUGUUGUCGGAAGUAAGCAAUGCUAAGUUGCAGAGCAUUCCUCCGAACGGAGUCCUGAUGCCCAUAGAUUUCCCACCAGAACUGGGAUCAGAAAACGACGAAAGCGACGAAAACGAAGAGGAAAUCAACGUGAUCGAGGAGCACCAGCCAUGGUGCAGCUUUGUGGCUUUGACCGAACAUGAACACAUACAAGGAUAUAAACUUAUCAUGGCAAUGAUACAGAGCAACAAGAACGGUCUCGGUACGUCGAUACCGUCUACACCAUUAGACAGAGACAACGACGAGAUCAUGUCGGAUGCGGACAUGUCAGUAAACGAGAGUCUGAGCAGGUUGGAAGAUUUGAAGAAGCUGUUUUGA